AAUUCCUCCUGCCCGCUCAGCUCCCCAGACCAGGAAGUGCUGGGCACAGAAAAGGACGUCAGGAGCAAAGCAAGACAGAAACCCCCCUGGCUCUCAUCUCUCGGGGUUCUGGGUCUCCUCGGCGGGCUACAGGGUGGGGGACCGGCCUCCCCUUGGUCUCGGGGGAAUCGGAGCUGGGCCUGCGCCUGCGUUCCAGCCUGUCUGGGGCUGCCUUUGGGGGCAGCGUUGAGGACCUGCCACUCUCCAGCGUUUAUGUCUGUCCUUCACAGACUUCCCUUUUGUUUCCCGGCUCCUGGUGUAGGGAGUUCUAAAAGAGAGGCUGGCGCCCAUGAGGCUGUACACGCUCUCCAAGCGCCACUUCGUCCUCGUGUUCGUCGUCUUCUUCGUCUGUUUCGGCCUGACCGUCUUCGUCGGGAUCAGAGGACCCAAAGUGAUCCAGACUUCUGCAGCUAAUUUUUCACUAAAUAAUAGCAAAGAGCUAAAGCCAGUUCAGAUACUUUCAAACCCGCUGUCUACAUAUAACCAGCAACUAUGGCUGACAUGUGUUGGCGAGUUGGAUCAUUCAAAAGAAACAGCUAUUCAGACAAACUUCACCAUGACUGUUAAGGUCGAUGGUGUAGGUCAGGACGGGACCACCAUGUUCGUUCAUAAUAAAGUUCACAAUCGGACGAGGACCCUCACAUGUGCAGGGAAAUGUGCAGAAAUUAUUGUGGCUCACCUCAGCUACUUGAAUUACACUCAAUAUACAGUGACUGUGGGAUUCAAACACCUGAAGGAACGCAUCAAGGAAAUGAACUUCACCUGGAAGACUUACGACCCUGCAUUUUCCCACUUGGAAAUUUGGUUCCGAUUCGUCUUUGUGGUGCUUACCUUCGUUGUCACUUGCCUGUUUGCUCACUCCCUCCGGAAGUUUUCCAUGCGAGACUGGGGCAUCGAGCAGAAGUGGAUGUCCGUUCUCCUGCCUCUGCUGCUGCUUUACAACGACCCGUUCUUCCCCCUCUCCUUCCUGGUGAACAGCUGGUUCCCGGGGAUGCUGGACGACCUCUUCCAGUCUGUGUUCCUGUGUGCCCUGCUGCUCUUCUGGCUGUGCGUGUACCACGGGAUCCGGGUGCAGGGAGAAAGGAAGUGCUUGACUUUCUAUUUGCCUAAAUUCUUCAUUGUUGGACUAUUGUGGUUGGCCUGUGUUACCCUCGGAAUAUGGCAGACAAUUAAUGAAUUACAUGAUCCAAUGUACCAGUAUCGAGUUGACACAGGAAAUUUUCAGGGAAUGAAGGUUUUCUUCAUGGUGGUGGCCGCCAUGUACAUCUUAUACCUUUUGUUCCUGAUCGUGCGGGCCUGCUCCGAGCUGCGGCACAUGCCUUAUGUAGAUCUCAGGUUGAAAUUUUUGACAGCAUUGACUUUUGUAGUGCUUAUCAUUAGCAUCGUCAUCCUUUAUUUAAGGUUCGGAGCACAAGUAUUACAAGACAAUUUUGUAGCUGAACUGUCAACUCACUACCAGAAUUCAGCUGAAUUCUUAUCUUUCUACGGCUUGUUGAACUUUUACCUCUACACUUUGGCCUUUGUGUAUUCGCCCUCGAAGAACGCCCUGUACGAGUCCCAGCUGAAGGACAAUCCCGCCUUCUCCAUGCUCAACGACUCGGACGAUGACGUGAUAUACGGGAGUGACUAUGAAGAGAUGCCCCUGCAGAAUGGCCAGGCCAUCCGGGCCCAGUACAAGGAGGGGUCUGAGAGUGACUGAGCCCCCCCGUGCCUGCUUCCUGGCCUGCCCUGUACCUGCCUGAACGCAGACCUCUCUUACAAGCAGAGAUUUCCUGACCUUAUUUGUUUACAUAUUUUUGAAAGGAAAACCAAAAUUGAGGACAAAUUUAAACAAUGGGCCAAAUUUACUGUUAGACUGACUGCAUUUAUUUGGGAAGAGAAGCACUGACGAAAAGUUUAAACAGCCAAAUCAUUUUUCAAAGAUUUCAUAUGAGAGAUAGCUGUUUUCAGUGGUGAGAAAGAAAUUACUGCUGUUUUUAGUAGAGAGAAUUAUGUACUUAAAAAAGCAAUUUACUAAUUUCAAGUUCCUGGAAAGCCCUUGUGAAUAAGGCCCACAGCAUGGUGGUGGUCCUCUGCUCCCUUCCUUUCUUCCCUGCCCCGGGGUACCAAUUUUUGACCCUUUAAACUCAAAGGGAAGCCUGUUUCUGUGGCUGCCCCACGAGGGCAGUCCUUCCCCAUCGAGUGGCCUGUGCUCUGGGUGAUCACGCAUCUCAGGUGAUGGGUAACUUGUGUCGGUUGCUGUGUGAAAUGUGUACGUACGUAAUGGCUCUUUAGGGAAAGGGAGGCGGGUGGGCAGGUUCUAGCCCUUCACUGCCACCAAAGCAGAGCUGGUGUCUUGGAGUUCUGAGGAGCAUUUGAUAAGGCUUGUAAGGAAAGGGUAAGAUGACUGACAGGUUGUCAGCUCCCAUGGGAAGGGUCUCGUUGCCAGGGUUUUCUAAGGGCCUGUGUGCACACGUGAGUAAUGCGUGUGAGCGUUACAUCAUGAAUAUGAAUGAUGUCCCUGUGCAUAGAGACAUCAUUCAUAUUCAUGGGGAGGAGGGUAUCCAUUACAAUUCCAGUAAGCAGGAGUUUCUGCAACUCUGUUAAAGAUGAUACCUUGUAGAGCUCUAUUUGUUUUGUUUUUUUAAUAAAAGUUAAACAAGUGAUUGGUAUACUA